AUGACACGAUCACUCCCGCUGAGCGAGACGCCUGACAGCCAUCGGGAAUAUCGUGUCCGUCCAAAGCUCUUUCGGCGCCACCUGAAGCAGAGCAUGCCCACGGGCAGCGACAGCCCCUGCUGCCUGGCCCCCGCGCUCACGGCCUGGCGCCCGCGUUGGUCUCGCAGGGUGAACGUGUGCCUGGUCCCAGCGGCCCCCGAGGAUGGCGUCUGCCAGCUCCUGCGCCAGCUGGGGGUGGACUGGCCCUGGGCGCCGGAACCGCCGUCCCCCCCUGAGGCCGUGGCAGCCUGGAAGCGAGUGCUCAGCCAGUGCCCGCACGCCGUGGGGGGGGAGCAGGGCCCGGGGGCUGCCGGGACGCUGUUUGCUGUGCGCCUGAGGAGCUUCCUAGAGCAGCAGGGCCUGCAGGGCUAUGACCCCGGCCUGGAUGUCCUCCUGGUGACCGAGGAGGAGCUGCGAGCGCUGGCGGAGCUGGAGUGCGCGGCCCAGCGCAGCAUGGCCGAGGCCCCGGGGGGCACCUGCACCGUGCUGCACGUGGUGAGUGCCGAGGAGGAGCUCCAGCAGCAGAAAACCGACUUGCUCUGGAGGAUGCUGGAGCCCGGGGCGCUCUCUGCCGCACAGAAACACCUCGUGUGUGGGCCAGUGAAGGCUACAAGCACUUCAGUCCCUGAAGGGGCCUCGCAGUACUACCAGCUGCGCCAGCGCCAGCUGCACAAAGCCUCGGUGAUGAAGUACGGAGACCUCGCCCAUGACGAGUCCUGGACCGAGGUCAUCAGGGUCCUGACCUCCGCAGCCAUCCGCUUUGAGAUGCUGAGCACAGCCCACCGCAGCCAGAUCACGCUGGACCUGGCUGAUGGUGGCAUCUCCACCAAGGGCACCCGGAGUGGGGCCUUUGUGAUGUACAACUGCGCCCGGAUGGCCACACUCUUCCAGACGUACCAGCAGGCUGUAGAGCAAGGUACCUACCCAGCCUUGCCUCCACCGCCAGAGCUGGACUUCUCCUGCCUCCGGGAAGAGGGCGAGUGGCUCCUGCUCUUCAACCACAUCCUCCCCUUCCCUGAGCUCCUGCAGCAAGCAGCUCAGCUCCCCCUCUCGAGCAGCAGGAUCCGCAUCACAGCCAACACUGAGGCGGUGUGCAGGUUCCUGGUCCAGCUCAGCAUGGACUUCAGCUCCUACUACAACCGUGUCCAUGUCCUGGGGGAGCCGCUGCCUCAUUUGUUCCCCCCGAUGCUGGCCCGGCUACAGCUGCUGAGUGCGGUGAGGGACGUGCUGCACAGCGCCUUGGCCACACUCCACCUGCCACCCCUCAACCAGGUCUGACAGUGAGGACCCUGCUAAUGCCAGCCAGGGCCUGGCCUGUCACCACCCUCAGCAGUCAGAGGCUGUACAGGGUGCCGGUGAGCACACUGGACAGAGGAGGUGGAGGGGUCUGCUCCACCUGAGAAGGAUGCCAACUGUCUGGAGCAGAUGGGAGCUCAUGCCAGGCUGGGGGGCGCUCCAGGGAGCCACCCUCAUAUGGAGACUUAUGCUCAUGCUUUCCUGAGGUCCUGGUGCCUCUGCCCACCUGGGGCCAAAUACAGCCUGUCCCUCAGC